GCGAACUCUCUAGAGUGUAUUCCAGCCUCUCGGCCAAUGCUGGGACAGGCUCCAACACCUCCCGCGACCCUGACCAGGAAUAAGCGGGUUCCUGGCGGACGGGGCGGGACGAUGGGAGGCGGCGGGAGCAAAGACGUCACGUUUUCGCGGGUGAAGAGGAAGACGGCGCCUGUGGCGUCACGGCCUGGUCGUUCCAGGACAGGUCCCUCCCGGCCCCGCCCCAAAGCGUCCUCCGCCAAGCCCCCGGCCAGCAGCAACGGCAGACGCUCCACCGGUCUGUCUGGGGGCUCCACCGGUCUGUCUGGGGGCUCCACCGGUUCGUCUGGGGGCUCCACCGGUCCGUCCGGGGGCACCACCGGUCCGUCCGGGGGCUCCACCGGUCCGUCCGGGGGCACCACCGGUCCGUCCGGGGGCUCCUCCUUCGCACCCUCUUCCUCCCUCUCUGCCCCCUCCCACCCAGCUCCUGUGACGGAGCCUGCCCCCAGCACUGGUGGCGCUCAGAUUUUUGUGGCCUUGUAUGACUACGAGGCCAGAACAUUUGAUGACCUUUCGUUCAAAAAAGGGGAUCUGUUUCAGAUCAUUAAUAACACAGAGGGAGACUGGUGGCAGGCGCGAUCUAUGGACACGGGGAAGACGGGCUACAUUCCCAGUAAUUACGUAGCUGAUGCUGACUCUAUCCAAUCAGAAGAGUGGUUCUUUGGCAAAAUGGGCCGCAAGGACGCGGAGCGCCUCCUGCUGGUCCUUGGAAACAAGCGCGGGACCUUCCUGAUCCGGGAGAGCGAGACCAACCCAGGUGCGUUCUCCCUCUCCAUUCGGACCUGGGACGAGACCCGGGGGGACACCGUGAAGCACUAUAAGAUCCGCAGACUGGACAGCGGGGGGUUCUACGUGAACACCCAGGUGAAAUUCGACAGCCUGAAGAAGCUGGUGAAGCACUACUCAGUCCAUGUGGACGGGCUGUGCUCCAGGCUCACGGAGGUGUGCCCCACGGUGAAGCCGCAGACUGAGGGUCUGGCGCGGGACGCCUGGGAGAUCUCCCGGGGCUCCCUGCAGCUGGAGGUCCGGCUGGGACAGGGCUGCUUCGGGGAGGUGUGGAUGGGCAGCUGGAACGACACGAUCAAGGUGGCCAUUAAGACGCUGCGUCCGGGCACCAUGUCCCCCGAGGCCUUCCUGGAGGAGGCGCAGGUGAUGAAGAAGCUUCGGCACAGCAAGCUGGUGCACCUGUACGCCGUGGUCUCCCAGGAGCCCAUCUACAUCGUCACCGAGUACAUGAGCAAAGGAAGUAUGCUGAGCUACCUGAGAGAGGGGGAGGGUAAUGCUCUCAAACUCCCUCAGCUUGUUGACAUGGCUGCACAGAUCGCGGAGGGCAUGGCCUUCAUCGAGAAGAUGAACUACGUCCACAGGGACCUGCGGGCCGCCAACAUCCUGGUGGGCGAGAACGCGGUGUGCAAGAUCGCCGAUUUCGGGCUGGCCCGGCUGAUCGAGGAUAACGAGUACACGGCCGGGCAGGGAGCCAAGUUCCCCAUCAAGUGGACGGCGCCGGAGGCCGCGCUGUACGGGCGCUUCUCCAUCAAAUCCGACGUCUGGUCCUUCGGCAUCGUGCUCACUGAGCUGGUCACCAAGGGCAUGUCGCCGUAUCCAGGCCUGGUGAACCGUGAGGUGCUGGAACAGGUGCAUGGUGGGUAUCGUAUGUCGUGCCCCCAGGGUUGCCCGGACUCUUUGUACCAGCUGAUGAUGAACUGCUGGGGGAAGCAGCCAGAUGAGAGGCCCACGUUUGCGUACAUCCAGACUUUCCUGGAGGACUACUUCACUGCCACGGAGCCGCUCUACCAAGCAGAGGGCAACCUGUAGACUCUCAUAGUGUGUGGACAACCUGUAGACUCUCAUAGAAUGUGAACAACCUGUAGACUGUCAUAGUGUGUGGACAACCUGUAGACUCUUAGUGUGUGGACAACCUGUAGACUCUCAUAGUGUGUGGACAACCUGUAGACUCUCAUAGAAUGUGAACAACCUGUAGACUCUCAUAGUGUGUGGACAACCUGGUGGCCAGUGGUACCCAACACUGUUCCUGGAGAUCUCCCGUCGUGUAGGCUUUCACUCCAACCCUAACAAAGCACACCUGCUUCAACAGCUUAAGUUGAUCUGUAUUGAGCAGCUAAUUAGUAGAGUCAGAGGUGCCAAAUUAGAGUUGGAGUGGAAACCUACAGGACGGUAGAUCUCCAGGAACAGGGUUGGUUACCUCUGCUGUAGACCCAGAAAGCCCUGUGGAGAAUCUAUGGUCUCUCACUGCACUAUGGACCUCUGUAGAGUUUAACUGCCACAUGGAUAACCAACCAACCUCUGCAGGCCUGUUGGCUACCUAUAGACUCACACUGUCCUCUGAACAGCCUGUAGAGUGUCGUGCUCUUCAGCUACUUCUUCUCAGGGUGCCAGAAGCUUUUUCAAAAAUGGUGCAUGCAAGUAAAAACACCUGCCACAAACUAUUUAUAAACGUGUAUGUAUAGGGGUUAGAUGCUUCUUGUUGUGUAGUCGUCUCUUAUAAACUGUCAGGCGUGGGAUUUUAUGCUGACCCUGAGCAGAUCUCAGCUGGUACAUUGGCACAAUGUUUUAUGCCUCUGAAUGAAAGAAUUCUUUUCGGUGCUCGGGAGUGCCAGGAGUAUGUCUGUGGAGGGCCACAUUCGACCCCUGGGGUACCGGCUAAAAAGACCUGCCGUAGAAUCUCACAUCGCUGUAGAAUUCCUUUAGGAACGGUGAAGGUGUGCCAUGUUGAAAGAAGUAAUUAGAGAAGCUCGGUUACUUCCAGUAAGGGGAUGUGUCACCGUCUGCUUGGACUCUGUGGUUAUGACCUCACUGGAGCGAGGGAAAUGGGAUCUUUUGAGGAUGGAUUCUGGGAACUUCAGGCGCACUCAAACGGGAGUGUACAUCGCCUCCUUACAGUCUGGGUCCAUCCAGCGGGGGGGGCGGGGGGGGAGAGAGGGAGAGGAGAGAAUGUGUGCUGUGCUUUCUCUUUCUGCGGCGUCUUUGGAAAGACAGUUUCUGAUGAACGUGCUUUCAUUAAUGCCAUUUUAUUGUUUGUGUAUUUUUUACGUACCCUCAAAUCCGAUACAGGUGACAUUGGGUUUCUGGAUAUCCGGUGUGCCUGUAUGCAGUUGUGUUAUGUAUAUAUCAGGCCUUGUGUGCACUCAAAUGUGACACAGGUAACAAAUUGGGUUUCUGGAUAUCCGGUGUGUGCAGUGCGGUUAUUAUUAUUUGCUCUGUUGGGGUUCUGUGCAUUUAGUCUGCGGCUGCAUUUCUCCUUGCUGUCGCGCUCAGUGUUCCAGCCGACCUGAUGAGCAGCUCCGCUGCAGGUGUGUGGCGUGUCCCCCGCACGCUUAUUAUGGGAUGUUGGUUGUCUGUGGAGCGUUGGUGACCGAGGACGACGCACGGUGGGAGGGACUGCGUUCAGAUCCAGUUCAAAAUCCAAUCCCACCUCCCUCAUGAUAUGAUUCCGCUGAAUUUCAAAAAAGGCCUAUCCAUGUCUGAUCUUAUCAUUCUGCAGAUCUCACAUAGGUGUUGUCUUCAUCGCUAUGGUUACUAGUCAGGAAAGGCGUUUUUACACUUGUAAAAACAAUCGUUUUUUUAAGGACAAAAUGCUGUAAUUCUCAACGGCUGCUAAUUUUUAAACCCGUUUUUAAAAAAUCGUAUCUUGUAAUAAGAGAGGACCAAUUCUCAACACCAUUUCUUUGCUGCUGUCAUGUGGAGUGGGAAAUGUUGCUCAGCAUCCAGCAAUGAACUGACUUUUUUUGGAACUAUGUUUUGGGUUGCCAUGACAGCAUUGUCACAACAAAUGCUAAUGAUCCAAGGCUAACUACGAGGAAACCACUAUAAUUCAGAAAGACUUAUCGCUUCACAUGAGAUCUGGAGUUCAUGUUGUGUUUUUUCAGUCCUUUCUCUCUGGUGCAUCACUCAACUAACAUUUUCACAGCACAGCAACCGAAGCCAGUCCCCAAACUGGCAAAUAGACAAACUUUUUAAUUUUAUGUUAAAUGAGUGAAUUUACUCAAACCCAUGGAUAUUUUUUUUUGUUUGUUUUGAUCAGGGAAAUUCUUGAAUAAAAACAAAAUGCUCCGUGAUCAGUUGUAGUAUAGUCCUUUGAAACUGAAUGGUCACAUUUAAGGAUAUUCAAAGUCCCUGUCAUCUAAUUUCAUGAUCCUUUUUGAAGUAGAAUGACUCCAAACAGACAUGAUUAUUUAGAAUUCAUGAUUAU